AUGAAUCACUCCAGGGGCACGCUAUCCUUGUGGAAGAGAUAUGGUCCAUCGGAGACAACUGUUCGAGGUAUAGUCAUCGGAGGGAUCACUGGAGGUAUUGAGGUCUGCAUCACGUUUCCCACUGAAUAUGUGAAAACGCAAUUGCAGCUCGAUGAAAGGUCCGCAAAACCGAAAUUCAAGGGCCCAAUUGAUUGCCUCAAGCAGACGGUAAGGAAUCAUGGAUUUUUCGGUCUAUAUCGAGGGUUGUCGGUCUUGAUUUACGGUUCGAUCCCGAAAUCCGCGUUCAGAUUCGGAACAUUCGAGUUUCUGAAAAGCAAGGCUGUGGAUGAAAAAGGAAACCUUCCUCCAAUGAUGCGGCUUCUUUGCGGUCUCGGUGCAGGUCUCUCGGAAGCUGUUUUUGCUGUCACACCUAUGGAAACUAUCAAAGUGAAGUUUAUCCAUGAUCAAGGCCUUCCAAAUCCACGGUUCAAAGGUUUCAUUCAUGGAGUCGGUUGCAUUGUCAAGAGUGAGGGAAUCGGGGGUGUUUACAAAGGCCUGGCAGCUACAAUGGCCAAACAAGGUUCGAAUCAAGCCAUCCGAUUCUUUGUGAAGGAAACUUUGAAGGAUUGGUACCGCGGUGGAGAUAGCUCGAAGACAGUUCCCAAACCAGUUGUCGGUCUCAUGGGAGCGGUGGCAGGUCUUUGCUCUGUGUACGGAAAUACCCCUAUUGACGUUGUUAAAACAAGAAUGCAAGGACUGGAUGCUAAGAAAUACAAGAAUUCAAUCGAUUGUGCUGUCCAAAUAUGGAAGAAAGAGGGCUUCUUCGCCUUCUACAAAGGCACUGUUCCCGCCUGA